UGAGAAAAACAUGGCAUCCACACUUUUUAAACGAGCGUAUUAUAGUUUUUAAGCUUAAAUUUAUAGCUUAUUCAUGGACAAGAAAGCUGUUUCUCCUGACUCUUCGACGCAAAUUACUGAAAAGAAGAAGAAAUCAAAGAAGAGAAAGCACAAACACAGGUUUUUUUUUUCUAAACAUUAAGCUUAUAAUGAUUUUUUAUGCAGUUUAAUAGCAAAUGAGCUUGGUAAUGAUGACUGAGAGCACAGCCUUAUUUAAUAAUUCGUGUUGGGCACUCGAUGUUUGCGCGUUAUAUAAUACAAAGGUCUAUAUUUUCCAUUUCCAUCUGCAGUGCUGAUCACAUUUGGUUGAAACACAUUGCAUUAUCUCCUUCCAUAUCAUAUUCAGGACCUGAACAAUCGAUGAAAUCGAUAAUCGAUGGCAAUCGAUAACAAUCGAUGACAAUCGAUAUCAAUUAAUCGAUUGAUAUUGAUAAUCGAUGGACAAUCGAUCACUAAAAUUUUUGUGAUUAUUGAUUAUCAUCGAUUAUCAAUAUCAAUCGAUAAUCGAUGGGAAUCGAUCAAUUAACAUAAUAGAUUGUUAUCAAUAUGCAAUAUCAAUCGAUUACCUAUUCAGUCAAACAUUUCAAUUGCCAAUUUCAUCGAGUACUAAUAAAGUUACACAUUACACAUUAACAAUAUGCUUAAUCGUGUUUGAACGACGACUGCGUCCCAGGUCAGUUGAAUCUUUGCAAUAAACUCAAAGCUAAAUCGAUCAAGUUUGUACACUGACAACGAGAUAUGUUAAUUGUCUUAAUUAUUUGUGCUGAUUUUCACGGAGCCACAUCGAUGAACAAUUCUCAAACUUUGCUACUGAGGUUUAAAAACAAUGUACGAUCUGUGUACAAUCCCGCGAUACCUGAAGAUACGGAGACAUGAAUAGUGCCAAUCAAUGGCAAUCGAUAAAGUUCGCGACCACCUAAGUGUGAUUAUCGAUUGAUCAUCAAUUGGCCGAUGCCAAUCGAUGCUAAUCAACCGUAAUUAAUCGAUUGUCAUCGAUUGAUCGAUUGAUUUUCCGAUCAUCGAUUUUCAUCGAUUGUUCAGGUCCUGCAUAUUGCACAUACAUGCCAGUAUGCGGAGUAUGGCAAGUGCACGCGCGAGCUUUUUUUAAAAAAGCUUUUUGCGCACAACAAAAUCGUAACAUUGUACGCAGCAGCGUUGGGCCUACAAAGAGUUUUGCACCUGACUUUCAGGGGCGUAGCCAUGAUAUUUUUUGCCAAAUCUGUCCUAACCUCUCGGUUCUCCCAAGCUACGCAGGCUACCACUUUCCACAUCCCUUGCUUUUACUUUUGCUUUCUCAUCAGUAUGGUGAGGUUAUAAACGAAUGAAUGGACUGGCAAUUUGUCUGUAAUCUUGUUUGCAGCCUUUCUUUUGAGUGAACUGAAUGGUAUAGCAUGAACAUACUAGUUUGAAAUUUGAAAUUUAGGUCAUCUAAAACAGCUGGAAAUGUGCUUAACAUGUAAAUCUCGCAUCCUUUUAAUAAUUAGCCUCUCUAUGGGCAUGCACCCGUAUUCUGGCAUAAAAAAUCGUAUUGCAGGUUCUGCAUGCAUGAGAUCUCGUCUAUUUCUGCCAUAUACUCUGCAGACUGGUGUACAUGUAAGCUAUGUCGAUUUUAGUUUUUGGAAGCCCUCCCCCCCCAUUGGAAAAUUAUUUUCCAGCAUGUUCACAAAUUGUGACUGAAUAAAUUAAUGUGCUCCCUUUAUUGGUCGAUAAGAUCAAAAUGAUAGGUCACUGCCAUUGAAUGUAACUUGUACACCUCCAGGUCCACAAAAACAUAUGUAAACAGUAAACACCUGCCAAUAAGAACCUACUUUUUUGAAGUCUAAUGUCCUGUAAAAUAGGUUCUUGUGGUUUGGGGUACUUAUUGGCAAUUUUUGCCAGGAGCUUCUUAAUCCACUGUUUCUUAUUAGCAGGUGUUUACUGUAACUCAGGCUUCAUAACCAUUCCACUCUAUUAACUAUGAUUAGUGUUGGAACCCUAGAGAAAAAUCUAUACACUUAAAGUUUAAAUACUGGUUUAACCAGAUAAUUGAAAAUAAUAUUUUCUCAUUGUUCAAUGUAUUAUUGACCAAUCCAUCCAUUUAUCUUACAGGAGUAAGUCUGGGAAAAGCAAAAAGUUUAAGUCAUCCAGUUCAUCACAGGACAUUGAAAGUGACAGCACCAAAACAGAAAGUAAAAGAAACAAGAGUGACAGUGAAAGCAUCACACCUCUAACAGAGUUUCUUGAUGACAAAGCAGAACUUCAUGAACAGCUCUUUACAAUCAUCUCAAAGAAGGAAGUGAAAGAGAUGAUGCCAGACAUUUUGAAGGUACUUGAACUGUACAUAUAUGUACCUUGUAAAAGAUAUAAAUUAUUUUUGUUUCUUUUCUUAUGAUUACCGGUAGCUAGCUACACAGGCAAAUGGUGGAAUUGAAGAACUGACUAGAGGACAUGUAGUUGUUAGGUGUACAAACAACCCAACUACAUCUGUACAUGUAGAAUCUGCCAGAUAGACAUUGUACCUGGCAUCUCUAACCAUGAUUGCCCCUUAGUGGUUGAAUUAGAGAUCCCCCUUAAACAGCAAAUCCCAGUUGGGGAAAUUUGAGGCUGACCUAGUCUAGAAACCACAUGUGAGCAAUUUGAGGCUAACAGUAUGAUACGUUGUCAGUGAAUGAUCUGUGGCUUUUGUUUUAAGGAUGCCAUCCACAAAGGCACCCUCAAACAUACAGUGUAACCCCCAUAAGACCUGUGAAAAGAUAAUUUAUUAUAGUAUAAUAAUAUUAUAUAUGUUAGUGGAUAUUCAUUUAUUUAUUUACUUUUAAAGACCCCUCACAAGAAUCUUCAUUUUUGAAGGAUGUAGGGUUCUCGGAAGAAGAAGAGAAGAAGGCUAGAGCAGUGUUUGUCUUAUUACAUGUUUUCUCCAGUGAAUCUGAAACUUAAUCCAUUUGCCCCCCGGAAUUUUGCAGUUUAGUUUUCUCGUCACUGUCUGGCUAAAACUAACACAAGCAAUUGACAGUGUGACUCAUGCACUUUUCGGUUCGGGCACUUAGUGGCCUUCUGUUUGAGAUGCAAAAUAUCAGUUUCUGAAGUUUGGGCAUGCGCAGAAACCCAAAUUUCAAAUCUUGACUUUUGCUCGAUUUGCUGCCCCCACUCUUCUUUCACUUUUCUUGCCUUCCUUUUUUCUCUUUUAAGGGGCCAAUAAAAGGCUAACAAGGGGGCCAGAGAAGUUCUAGUUUUUCCGUGUUAAAUCCUUGUUUUAUGAAAUAUUUUUUAUUGCUCUCAGAAGCUAAGCUUCAAGGAAGUAAAGAAUCUUUGCUCAGAACAGCUGCAGUUACUAUCAAAAAGGCAGCUUGAAAGUAUCAUCACUGGUAAAGAUGUGGAUUCAUCUGAAGAUGAGAGCAGUGGAGAACCAGAAAACCGUGAAAAACUAAUAGUGGCACAGGAACAACAUGAAGAGGAGGAUAAAAUAAGAAACCUGGUAAUUUACCAUAUUAAAAUUUCUCUAAUAUUGAUUAAUAUGAAGCGCAGAGAUAGCCCAAGUGCUCAAGAGUCACUAAUGAAUCGAAUUGAAGUUGAUAUUACAUUAAAAUCACAACUAAAAGCUGUUUCCCGAGCAUGAGCAAAAUUUUAAUUUGUGACAUAAUUAUUGACAAGCAAAUAAUAAAAAAAAUGUGAUUCAUGGCCCCAACUACAAAUUGAACAGCACAGUGAGCCUGCUAAAAGGAAAUGUCCUGAGUUCUUAUGUCUUGUAGUCUUAAUAUAUACGCAAGGGUUUCCGGGACGAACGUUACUUACUCACAUAAAUCGCUUUAAAGUUCAGAGGUGUCAACUGAAGAAGUAGGCGUGUGGUACGGAAUACAAUGAAGUUUGGCAAGAGAACAUUUUCUUUUGAGUUUGAUCAACAAAUGUUUACCUGUACCUGUACCUGUAAAGAAGCUUGUAAACUUCCCACUUUAAACUGUGGGGGGAAUGGGUACAAGCUUUUAGCGCAAGGGUUUCCGGGACGAACGUUACUUACUCACAUAAAUCGCUUUAAAGUUCAGAGGUGUCAACUGAAGAAGUAGGCGUGUGGUACGGAAUACAAUGAAGUUUGGCAAGAGAACAUUUUCUUUUGAGUUUGAUCAACAAAUGUUUAAAAAGUGAUUGGGAGUUCACUUCGUGCACUGUAAGGUUAAUCAAGUAGUUCUUAAAUACAACUUGGAGAAUGGCCACGACAAACUUAUAGGUACCGGUGAUUAAUAAAAGAUUUAUUUAAGUGGCUCAAUUCAAACGACCACACCAUAACUAACAAUGUAAACAAAAAUGUUAAGUACCUGUAAAGAAGCUUGUAAACUUCCCACUUUAAACUGUGGGGGGAAUGGGUACAAGCUUUUAGCGCAAGGGUUUCCGGGACGAACGUUACUUAUGAUUGGUAAAGCCUUAUACCGCCGAGCCACCUGCGACAUGACUCCGACACGGCUACCGGUACUGCCUGCGAUACCGUUCCGAUGUGAGAACAGAAGUCGCCGGCAACACACAGAGGCCAUGUCAGUCUUUACCGCCGGCAUGCCUGAGAAGUUGACUCGAGUUCGACUUCACAGGCAUACCGGCGUUAAAAACCUGCGAUAUUUCUUGAGCCGUCGGCGUUAUGUCUUCAUAUGUUGGAGUAGUACCGGCGGCAUAUGAGAACUAGGCUUAACCCAAACAAUCCCAGAAAUCAAUACCCUGCAAAGCUUAUAUCCAUUCUCCCCAUGAGUUUCUGAAAAGCAGAAUUGUCCACGAUCUUAAUGGCUUUGUUUCUCGAUGAAAUUCAGGAUUCCGACAGUGAAAGGAAACAAGAGAGAAUCAAAACCGGAAGAGAAGAGGAGAAGAAAGAAAAUGAUAUGAUCAUUUUCCAGGAAAUGAUUACAAUUCCAAACCAAGAAGAAAUUGACGAACUUGUUGGAGGUAGGUCUACAUGUAGGUUUGUAAUACCACGAUGCAAGUAACAGCACGGUCUCGAAAAUGGCAAAUGAAAACAGCAUCAAACGAGCCCUCUCUAUUUGCUUUUCGCUUGCUGCGGCACUAUCCAUGUAUAUAAAAAAUAAUUAUAGAAUAAAAUGAAAUAAUAAUAAUAAUAACAAAAACAGGCGGCACAAAAUUAGGUUUAGUGUUCUAAACGUUGUUUCGUGCUCACAUGCUUCUGUGUAUUUUUCCUUCCCUUUUUUUUGCGUAUUUGUUUCUGUGUCAUAUUUUCUGUUAAUCUUUUCUUACAUGCAUGAAUAAAAGAAUCACCUCGGUCGAAGUGACAGUCGACAUGGGGCAGAGAGUGACAGAGGCAUCCGCAUAUCAAGGAAGGCUUGUGUCAAGUACAGAUAGUUUUAGAGAGUACAGAUAGUACAGAUACCUUUUUCAAUUAACAUGUUUGACAUCCUGCGGCCAAUGUGAAUGCUCUGACGAAUUCGAAGGGCGAGCGCUCUAAUUUUGUGCUUUUGACUGUCUUUAUGGUGGACAAUUUUAUUGUCGUUUUUAGUCAAUAUUUUGCCGUUCUAUGCGAAAUUAUCUUAAAGUGAAGUAAACUUCCAAAUGUACGUUUGGAAAAGUAAACUUCAAACAGGUAAUAGUGAACACGGCAAAUUUGAAAACAUGUUGGCUAAAUUUGAGUCGUGGCUGCUUUAAACCACUGAGAUCUAUGAUCAGUGGUUAGUCAUGCUGGAAUCGCCUACUAGAUAGUAAAGUAAAUGAAUUUAUGGCCCUCGCAAUCGUAAAUACAAAAGCAAUUGCAAAUUAAUCCCCCAAAAAAAAAAAAAAAACCAAGGCGUCAGCAGAAUUCGAACCCAUUGCCUCUGCGUUAGCGGUGCAUUGUUCUACCAACUGAGCUACGAGUAUCCGUACAUUAGGAACAGGCCAGAGCUAAAGUGUAUUACAAGUGAAUCCCGAAAAACAAUUGUGGAGUUAUGCAUGCUAACCGCUGUGAAUUGCGAUUACGACUGCUAUGGUUAUAACUUCAUUUAUAUUUGUUUUCCGGCAGUGCACAUCAUCUUCCUUCGAGAUAGCAAACUGUCGGCAGAAUUAAGUAUUACAAUGAUUAACAAACGUUACAAACCACAAAAAUGAACUUUGAAAAGCUGUGAGGCUAUUGACUUUACCAAAAACGCAAUUGCAGUCUGUUUCAAUACCACCUCAAGUUUGUCCAUGUCUUCCUCAUUUUGUAUUUGCUGCGUUAUGAGAGAGCUUUAGAUUCUGAGACGACGGCGAUUUAGAGGACGAGAUUAUCUCACGCGUGAACCAGCGUCAUUUUGGCAGGAAAACGUGAUAGCCGUCGCCAUUCUACUUCGAGUUUUAGCGAGAAUGUCAUAGUGGCGGGAACAAGUUAUCAAAUGUAAGAAGUUUUACCAUUUUGCUAUAGGGAGAGGGCUUAACCUCCUUAAGGAUAAAUAACCAUACUAACUUUGUUGAUAAAAAAAAAAAAAAAAGUAAAUUGAAGUUUUCCGGGAUGUCUUGUUCUUUUUUUUGUUUUUUGUUUUUAACACAACUCUGUUACUCGCAGUCGUUCUCGUCCUCAAAUCUAAAGCUCUCUCUUUAUACCUUCUUUUAAUGUUAUGAGCUGUUUAUUAUUUUUAUGUUUCACUCAAUUUACGGGGUGUCCCAAAAGUUCGUUCCUCUGCUGUAUAAGCCUGUAAUCCAGUGCGGUUGGACUUGAUAAGCAAAUCGUUUAAAUAAAAGUCUGGUGUUUUAAAUCUAAUUUAAUAUGUCAUAGUUGUUGUGCCUUCUUUCGACUCGAAUUUUCGAUUUGUGUACUUUCGCGCCAAAAGUGGGUGUGCGCUAGUAUAUUUCCGUCCACAAAUUUUUGUAUCUUAUAGCCCAAAUUGCUCGAAUGCCUUCCUCCUUUUUUGUGAAUAUCAUGAAAGAUAAAGCAAAAACGCUCAGCUAGGUGAAAGCAUAACCAGGUAUACUUCGAUCUACUGCUUCGUCACAUAAAGAAAGUGCUAAAACCUGGAAAAAUCCGAAUCCAGAAAAUUGGGGGUGGUAAAAUGGUCAACAAGAAAUGAAGGUUUUGAAAACAAGAAAAAAGGAGGAAAAACGAAAGUCAUGAAUAAAGCAGCUAAAACUAAUUUUAAAGAAGGCUAGGUACAACAGAGGAACUCAUCAAGGUAUUUCUUACAACAGUUAUCAAGCUAAGUCUGGAGCAGAUUCAUGAAAAUAAACCGAAGGUUUAGCUUUCCUCAGUUCGUCAAGCAACGUUUACGCUCAGCUCUUCUCAAAUUUGUAAAGAAGCCUUAGUGUGGAAAGGCUUUUUUGGAUGAAUGCCCCCCAAAUUUUGUUACAGCUGCCUAAUCUAAAAAAUGAUGUUUUGGGGGUCGAAAUGGCUUCUGCGUACCACUGACGUGAUAAGAAAAGCUCAAAAUGAAUCAUCUGGACCUCUACUGGCGUUAGAUCGCGUUUCCCACACUAUGCCGCAACGUCUUAACGGAAUGUGAUUAAAAAGAAACAAAGAAGGCAUGCUGGUUACUGAAGUGCUGGUUACUGAACUUCUGAAUACAAGUAAUCGAGAGAGCAAUUAAAGCAUCUUUUAAACAUUUCAUGCAAAAAUAAAGUCUUGAUCAAAAGUUACAGCGCAACAAACUAGAGGAACGAACUUUUGGGACACCCUGUAGUGGCGGUUCCCAUUGUUUGAAGUUUGAUAAGUUUCGUAACACGGCUCCUUUAACAAGCCAUACUUCCCUUCACGUGUCUUUGUUUGCAGGAAGAAGUGCCAUGCAAGAAAACAAUAAAGGUGACCCAGGCCAAUUUGAUGGACCAACCGCGGACGAAGAAGCAGAGCUGAAAGAGCUGGAAUUCCGCGCACGAGCUCUUGAGUCGCUUGUCCGCGCGCGUGAACGACAGAUGAAGAUUGAACAGGGUUGA